AUGAUUUGUUAUUUUUUAUUUGCCGCUGGUUUCUUUAUUUUGUCAUUCACCGAAAAAACUGAAUAUGCACUUUGUUUCGGUACACUCAGACUUGAUUUACCGGUUCGCUACUUACACAUACAGUUACGGUACAGUGAAACGAAUGUUACGCAGUAUAUAGCCCCUUUGAGAGUAUCCGUUCAAGGGUCUUGUCGUCAUCGAUUGCAAUUAAUUGACUAUCAUGAUGGUUCAUAUGUGUUACGAUUACGACUAUGGUCUUCUUGUCCUCAGAUGAUUGUAAAUAUUCAUACUCCGAAUGAUGUCCCAUUGUGUGAUUCCCCAAUUGUGAUCAAAAAAGCUGAUGGAAGUUUGCUUUAUUCGGAAUAUUGCGAUUGUCCAAAAAAGAUCAUUUCGCAAUGGAUGGAAGAAGCUGGCUGUAAAUCGCAGCAUUCACAGCUUGACAAUGAUUUGAAUCAGUGGUCUACAAUUGAUUUUGGAGAAGUAUUAACGAUAGUAAAAAAGAAAUGGGCAAGUCCACAGCAUCGCUACAGCAGUGCAUUAUGCCAUUAUCAAAUUAUUGAAAACAAUCUAUAUAGGCGAUGUUAUGGAGAAUAUACGGGUUUUCGGAUAUUUGUUGAUGCGGCAUUCACAUCAUUGAUGAGAAAAAUGUAUUUGCCAAAUACCGAAUUUAUAUUCAACCUUGGCGAUUGGCCACUGGUAAAGGCAGGAAGUGACCUGGUUCCAAUGAUUAGUUGGUGUGGUUCUAGAGAUACAGUGGAUAUUGUAAUGCCAACGUAUGAGUUGAUGAAGUCAGUAAUUGAUUCGAUGGAGUCGGUUACACUCGAUAUGCAUUCCGUAAAGGGUGAAAAAUAUUACAGAUGGCAACAGAAAGAAGAUAAAGCUGUGUUUCGAGGUCGAGAUUCCAAUACACUGCGACUUAAAAUAGCGAACUUAUCAAGAUUACAUCCUAACCUUUUGGAUGCAGGAAUCACGCGAUACUUCUUUUUUGACCAAUCCCAACAUACGCCGACGGUUGAAACAAUACCAUUGUCGGAUUUUUUUAAGUACAAAUUUAUACUAAGCAUUGAUGGAACAGUCGCGGCAUAUCGUUUUCCUUUCCUGCUGGCUGGAGAUAGCGUUGUUUUCAAGUCGUUCUCUGAUUAUUACGAACAUUUUUACAUCGAUCUAAAGGAAGGACUACAUUAUUUCCACUUUAAUGAUUCCACUCUUAUUGAACAAAUCAAAUGGGCAAGGACAGAAGAUCAUAACAAGACAUUAAACGCAAUGAAUCAAUUUGUGCUGCAGCAUCUUCAACCUCUCGAUAUUUAUUGCUAUUAUGCCGAUUUUGUGCAGAAGUAUACCAGAAAGUUGAAAAAAAUUCCAGUGAAACCCGAGAAUGAAAUGGAACUUAUUCCGAAAAUACCCUCGGAAAAACGAUUUGCUGAUCAGUCAUGCGAAUGUUCAAAUCAAACCAACUAUGAAGAAGGCAUGAAUAAUAAGCAAGAACUGUAA